AUGGCCACCUCGGUAAUGAUGAACCCUCGAGGACCAAACCUACAUUCCUCCAUCGAUGCUAGUAAUAUUUCAUCAUCAAGCAACUCGAGGACAGGAGGUUCCUCUUCCUUGUCUUCCUCGUCCAUCUCUACCUCCUUUUCCCAUGCAUUCAAAAAUAAUUCCAACCACCAUAAGAAUACUCAUUCGGAUGCAUUGCUUUCUCCGACUUCAUCAACGAAAUCAUUUAUGAAGAAAACAAAUGCAUUGGAUGGUCGGUCUAAAAAGGUGGAUGACGUCAUGUCAAACCUAGAGGAUCAUAUGGCCUUGUUACAAACUGAAAUUAUGCAAAUACGAGAUGAUCUCCGUUUGCAGAGAUUAAUGGCAAAAAAGUAUGGAGCUGAGGGAUUCAUGGAGGGAGAACAACGUUUAUUGCAAAUGAAACAACUCAAAAAGGAAGCAUUGCAUCGAGUGAAAAGUCAACUCGGAAAACUAGAUCGUACCAUCAAAGCAGGACGAAGAAUCACAAAAGAAUUUGGAGGAAUGAGUAUGGCUGAAGAGAAGCUGAAAGAUGCCAAAGAGUUGCAACGAAAGCGAAGGAAAGAGAGAAGAGAAAGUGAAGAAGCAAGGCGUCAACAAAAGGGAGAAAAUAUAGAGCUUGGAAUUUAUUCCGAUGCAAGUGGAAGUGGCAGUGGUUCUUCAAGUGACACUGAUUUUUCUGAAGUUCCAGAUCUUUCUGAAGGAAGAAAUAAGAAAAUUAUUUUCAAGCAAGUGUUGAAUGGAGACUUGAUUGAAGCACAACUUGAAGAUCAAUUAAACAUGCUUCAACUGUCAGAGAGUCAACGAAAGGUUAAAUCAAAAAUCCUAACCAAUAAGAAUGCACCCAAAUUUAAGGGAUAUUUCAACCUUGCCCAUUUGGAGGAUGAAAAAGAAGACAUUAACAACUCGCUGGUGGUUUAA